UUAAGGGAUUCAGCAGCGCAUCUUUUCAGUGUAGUUUUGUGUGCCUCACUGUCCCCCCUGGCUGACUAAUUCAGUGCAUCUUCUAGCAGAGUUGAUUGUUGUGAGAUCGCAGGUCGAGAGGAUGACAUCUCGAGUGUACUGCUCGUUGAGUGUUGUUUUAUUGUGUCUGUCUGCAUGUUUGAGCACAAACCAUGCUGGAGUCGUAGUGAAGUCGGCAGCUGAACCGGCAAAGCCUGCAGUUUGUGCUGAAAACUGUCAAAAAACUCACCCUGAUGCCCAAUGUUUUGGCCCUAAGGGGGGUCCUCCAGAGCCUGUAGUGAUGCCUGCGGCCGAACCAGUGAAGCCUGCAGUAUGUGCUGAAAACUGUCAAAAAACUCACCCUAAUGCCCAAUGUUCUGGCCCCAAGAGGGGCCCUCCAGAGCCUGUAGUGAUGCCUGUGGCCGAACCACCAAAGCCUCCAGUGAAGCCUGUGGCCGAACCAGCAAAGCCUCCAGUGAAGCCUGUGGCCGAACCAGCAAAGCCUCCAGUGAAGCCUGUGGCCGAACCAGCAAAGCCUCCAGUGAAGCCUGUGGCCGAACCAGCAAAGCCUCCAGUGAAGCCUGUGGCCGAACCAGCAAAGCCUCCAGUGAAGCCUGUGGCCGAACCAGCAAAGCCUGCAGUAUGUGCUGAAAACUGUAAAAAAAACUCACCCUGAUGCCCAAUGUCCUGGUUUUAAGGGGGGUCCUCCUGGACAUAA